AUGCCCAUCAAUCUUAUUGUUUAUUACGUUAAUUUUCUGUCAUCUGCUACUAUCGAUGACAAAACGAAGAGAGAAAAUAAUCGAUUAAGUGAUCAAACUGGUCAGUGGUUAAUCAAGUCAAAGUACACAUCAUUCAAGAUGUCAACAGCAGAACCACUUGCUAAGAGUAAGCCAACCGAUUAUAAUUUAUGCAUAAAAUGUCAAGAACAUAUAAAAAAGGAAAAACUGACGAAACCAAUGGUUGUGUCUACAUAUGAAACAUUUCUACGAUAUGUUAAUGAGAGAUUUGAAACUGGAAAUCCUGAUUAUAUUGGAGUGUCACAAAGAUUGAAAGGACUGUCACCAAAUGAACUUCUAAAAUUAGGAGCCCAAUGGCAUCGCAAUUGCUAUUGUGAAACAACAGAUAAAAACAAGCUUGAAAGAGAUAAGAAGAGGUACCAAAUGAAUAGCGAAAAUAACCUCAAGGGAAAAGGGCGUCCUUCUUCAGCUUCAGAUUCUGUUUCUAGUAGAUUGACCAGAUCAGGUAAAGAGAGUUUUAAUCGUGAUGCCUGCUUUUUUUGUCAAAGAAGUGAUCCUGAGACAGCUAGAGAUGCAAUCCAUUCUUGCCAAAGUAAAAACAGUGCAAAUUUGAUCAAAGAUAUUGUAGAUAAAAGUGACAAUGCUAAAUGGAAGGUCCAGUUAGCAGAUAUAUUAGCCGAGGAUGAUUUCCUUGCCAGAGACAUAGUAUACCACAAAAGCUGCAUCAAAUAUUUAAAUCAGCCAAAGUAA